CCACGGCAUCUGGGAAUGUCAGAUCACGCGCAUGUACGUAGCGUGGCUGUGGACGUCUCCUCUCUGAGGUCGCUUUCUCUUUUGGGGGCCGGAGUUUCUCUCUCCGGUCGCCGUAUAUAAAUACCCCAUUUACUGGAUAAUCGUCCCCGCCACCCACCGCGCACUUUAACCACCAUCGCAACCUCUCUCUCUCUCUCUCUCUCUGGGCAUCCUGUUUUGAGCACCGCUUUUUUUUUUUGUUUUAACUGUCAAAAAGCCUAAAGAGGAGAGCAACCACUCCAAGAAAGAUCCUUCCAGAUUCCUCUCUCUCUCUCUCUCUCUCUCUCUGGCUGAUGAAACUGGACAACUUCAAAAGUGACAUGACGAGAACGAUCGAGGCGGUCGUCGCCGACCACGAGUUCAUGCCCCCGAGGAACAUUCCAGUGGCCGUGGAGGACGCGAGCAGGGACGCGGAAGACCUCUUAAUGCCGCCCCUAAACUUCGCCAUGGUCGACACUGGCAUCUUCAGGUCUGGCUUCCCUGACACCGCCAACUUCUCCUUCUUGCAGACCUUGGGUCUGCGCUCGAUCAUUUGUCUUUGCCCCGAGCCUUAUCCGGAGUCGAACACGGAGUUUCUUAAGUGCAAUAGGAUUAAGCUUUUUCAGUUUGGAAUCGAAGGAUAUAAGGAACCUUUCGUAAACAUCCCGGAGGACACAAUACGUGAAGCCCUAAGAGUUGUACUUGACGUAAAGAAUCACCCGCUUUUAAUUCAUUGCAAUCGAGGGAAGCAUCGGACUGGUUGUCUUGUGGGAUGCUUGAGAAAACUGCAAAGGUGGUGUUUGUCUUCUGUAUUUGACGAGUAUCAGCGGUUUGCAGCUGCCAAAGCUAGAGUUUCAGAUCAGAGGUUUAUGGAGUUGUUUGAUGUUUCUAGCUUUAAGCAGAUCCCAUUGUCAUUUUCAUGUUCGAAGAGGUAAAUGGUUGGAUAUAUCGGAAGGUUUAUUUUGAUUGUUCGGAAGAGAAUUCUAGUUUCUGCUUUGGAAUAAGUAGGAAAAGGUGAUGAGUUCCUCCAAUGCAUUUUCCUCCUGAAAUUAAUAAAUGGCAAUAUUAGAAUGCCUUUUUUAA